AUGGCAAGAAGAGUGAUUUUUCUGUUCAUAUUAGCUGCCAGUCUUUCAACUGUGCCACUAUUCUCCUUGUCUGCACCGACAUUACCUGUUGAACAAGAGCAUUUAUUGUCCUAUAUUCAAUAUAAACUAGACGAAGAUCAUCAUUAUCGACCAUCAUUAGUCAGUUUUUUGCAUCGACAACCAGAAGGUUCUCAAUUGGCAACAUUACGUUACUGUCGAAUUGUCUUCCAUUGUAAUAUUUUACCUGGAUCUCUCUAUCUUCGAUUUUCUAAAACAAAACCUUAUCGUACUGUUGUCCAAAAUCGACAAGAUCCUUCAACUAUUUUUGCCUUUCGAUCAGUCGGUGCCUAUAGUCGUGUUCAAAUUCAAAAUCAUGCAUCUGGCAUAUGGUUAUGCAUGAAUGAACGAGGACAAAUAGUGCCAAAAUGGAAUAUCACGGUGGAUAAUCUUUCUUGUACAUUUCGUCAAAGUUCAGAUGGACCCUACUUGAAACUCAUCUCUGAACUUUAUCCGUCGCAUCAAAUGUUCUUUGAUACACUUCGUCUCUUAUCACUAAAUCCUAUACUUCGCCGUCGUUAUGCUCAAUAUAUGAAUAAUGGUAAUAACUUUUUCAAACGUGAACGAUGUAGUCGAUUUAUAUUCGAUAGUCAAAUCGAUAAUACAUUACUCAAUGGAACAAUAGACCCAUUUCUUCGAUUGAGACAUUAA